AGAGUAUUGAGAGGGCUCAAGAAGAAAGAUCAGGAUUAUGGGAGAGCGAAAGAAAGCAAUCAGGAGUCAUAUGGAAAGACAACAUUCCUUGUUGGCUUUACAAGCCUCUAGGCUGGCUUUCUGAGAGAGAAAGAAACAGAAAGAAACUCACAGAGGUGGAGAGAAAGUAUGCUACAUUUUGUGCAGGGAAACUAACUCUUAAGAAUUCCUACACAGUAGGGGUGAAGGUACAGCAAGAGGAAAAGCAAGGCAGAGAUAGAGACGUAAGAUGAGGGAAAAGGAAAUAAAGUGUGGCAGAUUGAAGGAUAGGUAAAGUCUGCUACAGAGUAAGGAAAUAAGGAGGAGGUGGGAGAGAAAGAGGGAGGGAGAGAGGGAAGAGAGAGGCCCACCAGUGGAGAGAGGGCAUUGGGCUUGGUUGCAUACGGGAAAUGACAGAAGUUGAGGAGACAGCGAGCGAGAAAAAGAAAAAAGAGGGAAAACAAGGAGAAGUUAAAAAAGAAAACGAAACGGGAGGAAGGAAGGGGGAGGUGAGUCUUGAGCAAGAGGGAGAGAGAAAAGUCAGAGACAAAGUGGAAAGAAACAGUAUGUGAGAGAAAGAAAACAAGUGGGGGAGAGAGGCAGAGAAGGCUGAGGAGUUAAGAGAACUACGUCGAUGAGAAAAACAGCUUUACUGAAUGGCCUGGGUGGGAAGAAAGAAAGAAGGAAACCAGUCGUUUUGUAAGUCAUCAGACCAGCAGCUUCUGGUCUGUUACUGCUAUGCAAGGACGGCGCACUCUGCAUCCUGCUCUGGACUACUGCCACUUCUGCCAGCACCAGGGACAAGUUCUGGCACAUAGACAGGAGCCCAACAAUGGGCAGUGUACACAUCUGGAGUGGAGUUUAAGCCCACAGGGGUGGAAGGGUGACUUGCCAGUACCUUUUACCCUUCAUGUGGAUAUAACGGAGGAAAGGAUUCGAAACCAUGAACAUCAUGUUCCGCAGAGGAGGCAGGUCUACAUGGGGCCUAGCCACUAUGCUGUUCCUGAGAUCUGCAGCCCUCCGUGUUACCUGUUGAGGGAAGUGAGGGUACCUACAUGGGUCCCCCAGAUGCCCCCAUGUAACUGUGUUUGGCAAAGACCUAAGGAGUGUGGCUGGGUCGGGGAAUGGUAUCAUCACAAGCUGCCAGAAUCCUUCAACAAUGGCCCCGUGCUGGCUAAAGUCAAGAGUCAACAAUUCUAUAAGGCUCAGUUGGUUUCAGAGGAGCAUUAUUGGGACUGUUCGAGUGAGAGUGAUCAUCAGGAUUCACAUCUACUGGAGCCUGAAAGGGACAACAGACAUACGCGUGGAUAUAAUGGGCAUUGUGAAAGGAAACAUGUUACUUUUGAGGGGCAAGAUGAUUUAAACAGAUACAACAGCAAAGAGACUAAUAGAUCAGCAAGUCCCACCAAGAACUGUUUUAAUGGAAGUAGGGCCUUCUUCUCAACUGAAGUUCCCCAGAGCAAGCUUGGAAAUUCAAGGACAUCAGGGCCCAAGCUGACAGUAAAUGGAGUUCAUCAAGGAAGGGCAAAAAUUGUUCAGACAGACAGGUCAAAUGUGUGUCGUAGUCAGGAAAACCAGAUAAACCAACGGAAAAGCAAGGGAGCAGUACGAGAGCAGAUCAAACAAGUGGUGACGGAGUUAGAGGAUGUGCUCAGCGGUCUCAAGCAGGUUCAAGUGGAAAUGAAAGAGGUAGUCCAGCAAAUUGACAUUUUGACAUCCAACAUUGAUCUGGAAAAGGAGGAUCAGGAGCAUGUCAAUGGUCUGCCUCAGGAUGCCAGUCCCCAGUCAAACCGUAUUGGAGUUGUAGCACUUGUUCAUAAUUCGAAUGGAGAUGUGGAAAUACCUCAGACGGACAGUGUUCGACCCGGUGUCAAAUGGUGGACGAACCGUUCCCAGUCAGACCAUGGCCUAGCCACUGUAGCCACUGACAUUCAUGCUGGAACAACACCCCAGACAAACCCAUCUGCUCGUGUUCAUGGUCUGGUUACUGCUGUGUCUGCGGACAGUCUGAAUCAUACAUCUGCAACAGAGACUUACAGGACUCAGAGUAAUGGCAAUGGAGAGUGCCUGCGAGCCAGACCUCCCAGAGACAAAGUCAAAGAUCCCCAGCUUCAAAAAAACAGAGCGGAUAUUACAACCCAGUCAAAGACCCCUGAACCCCCUUUUCCUUUAGUCCCAGUUGUAAUGGCUAAAACCCAAAGACCUCCACCAUAUCCACAGAAUGGACAGGUGAAAAAGCCCCCUCAGGAUUCAAAUGACAUGAAGAAGCCACCUUACCCAGGAAAACAGAAACAGAUUAGCUCCACAAUUGUGUAAAGGUGGGCUGAAAGGGGAGUUCUACUGCCUCUGACCACACACAUGAGGACCACACACCCACACACAAAAACAUAAUUUAUUUUUGAGUGUCGAUCAACUUAUCUAUGGUUAGGUAACAGGGUAAAUGGAUGAGUGCUUUUAUGGGAGGAUUGUGUUUGUGUACAUGUGAGCUUUGUCUUUGUACUUAACUGCAUAAGGGCAUAUCUGUGUGUAUUGUUGUACAAGAGAAGCCAUAGCAUGCAGAUCUAGCACAAAUCGUUAAAAGUAUUCCACAACCACCCCAUUUCUUAGUCAUCUAUUCUGGGAAUAAGAAGAAAUAGGCGGCAGCAGUUGAAUCAUUUCCUCAGAAAGUGACCCUCUGCCUUUUGAAUAACAAAAACACUGCUCACAUGGCUUACUGUAAGUCCCAAACAAUCCCUAAUGUCAGUGUAGACUAGCUCUUGGGAGUCUCAGGUUACUGUUUUGUGUUCCUGCUUUCCCAUAUUCUCAAGUCAGUGGUGCUGUGUACCGCUCACUGUUAAAAUGUACAUACACUUGUAAGAAACAUGUAUGUAUUUUUUUUCGUCCCAAAAAAUCCAUCAAGUUCUAUACUUUUCUUCAUAGGUCUGUUGUGGGUUAUUUAAUAAUAUGAAAAAAUAACUGCUUUUUUUGAAAAUAUACAUACAACAACCUAGAUUAUUAAUUGUGUGGUAUAGGAAGUUUAAUAUUGUGAUUUUAUUUUGUGCCACAGCCUUCUAAUUAUUAAUUUUGUUUAUAUACAGCUGGUGACUGUUCUGUUGCUGUAUAAAUAGGACUAGUUUAACUGCACUCAUUACAAAGUUAGUGUUUUGUUUUGUUUUUGCAGACGCUUUAGUUAACUGAAUACACACAUGCCAAUGGCCCAACUUUAAAAUCCUGAAGUAAAGUCACAUUAUAGAACUUUCUACACCACUGAAUGAAUAAUCUAAAUUGCUUUAUGUAUAUUUAUGACCCAGUAAACAAAAGGAUGUGCUUUAUGUGUGUUAGUCCUGUCAUUACAUGCAUGUCUCCUUCAAGUGUAUGAAAGGUUUUGAAUUUUACUGUAGAUGUUGUU